GCGCAGGCCGGGCCACACGAGUGCAGGGCCGUCUCCCAGGCUGGGACCCGGGCGUGGAAGGCGCUCGAGUGGCGCAGACCCGAGCGCUGCUGGGGGCGCCCUCCGGGACUGGCCGCGCGCCGGCGACAGCCCUUUGCAGCUUCACCGAGGGCGAAGGCUACGCGUUCUCCACCGCCCCCUCGCUUCUUCCUGCGCGGCGGCCGGCCGGGGAGGUUUCCUCCCCGGGAAACUACGCGGAUCCUUCCCGGGGCUCCUCGCCCCGCCCCAGGUCUCCGACCCCUCCCCUUUGCUGGGGAUCCCGGGCUGGGCCGAGGUGGGGAGGAGGCUCUAGCACCCUGGGCCAAGAGGCGGCGGGGGGCCGCGGAGCCGCUGGGCACGGACUCUGCCCGCCAUGUGACGCCGUCCUCCUCUCCGCGAUCCCCCACGCGUCCCGGCCCGCGGCUCGCCGCGCCGAGCACCAUGCUCCUGCCGGGACACGCGCGCCCGCCGCCUGCGUCCCAGCCCGCGCAGCAUCCCGGCCUCCGCAGGCAAGUGGAGCCGCCCGGACAACUCCUGCGCCUCUUCUACUGUACCGUGCUGGUCUGCUCCAAAGAGAUCGCGGCGCUCACCGACUUCUCGGGUUACCUAACCAAACUCCUGCAAAACCACACCGCCUAUGCCUGUGAUGGGGACCAUUUGAAUCUCCAGUGCCCUCGACAUUCUACGAUAAGUGUCCAAUCAGCAUUUUAUGGGCAAGAUUACCAAAUGUGUACUUCCCAGCAGCCUGACUCCCAGAGGGAAGACAGCUUAAACUGUGUGGCACCCACCACCUUGCAGAAGGUGCUGGAUGAGUGCCAGAACCAGCGGGCCUGCCACCUCCUGGUCAAUAGCCGUGUCUUUGGACCUGACCUUUGUCCAGGAAGCAGUAAAUACCUCCUGGUCUCCUUUAAAUGCCAACCUAAUGAAUUAAAAAACAAAACCGUGUGUGAGGACCAGGAGCUGAAGCUGCACUGCCACGAGUCCAAGUUACUCAACAUCUACUCUGCGACCUACGGCAGGCGGAUGCAGGAGAGGGACGUGUGUUCCUCGGAAGCAGAGAGGCUGCCCCCCUUUGACUGCUUGUCUUACUCAGCUUUACAAGUACUGUCCAGAAGGUGCUAUGGGAAGCAGAGAUGCAAAGUCCUUGUCAACAAUUACCACUUCGGAAGCCCCUGUCUGCCAGGAGUGAAAAAAUACCUCACUGUUACCUAUGCAUGUGUUCCCAAGAACAUACUCACAGCGAUUGAUCCAGCCAUUGCUAAUGUGAAGCCUACUUUGUCGCAGGAAGAUGGUGAACAUGGUAUAAACUUUGACCCCAGUGAAUCCAAGAUUCUGCAGAAAGAUGGAGUUAUUGUGAGCAACUCCCUGGCAGCGUUUGCUUACAUUAGAGCCACCAGGGACCAAUCAUGGGGCUCCACCCUGAAGACCUUAUCUAACCCAAUCAUCUCUCCAAGGCCCCCAGUUCCAAAGAACAGUAGGCAAGUUAAGGUCCCAUCUCCAAAUACUUCACAGUAGAGAUUACACCUCACCACAUGAACUCAGCGACACUCAUACCACACCCAGGCUACAGCAGAAGGUGAGAAGAAGUCGGAGAGCAGCUUUGGUCUGCAAGAGAACAAGAGAAAAGCUCUGUCUAUGGACCAAAAGCUCUGUCUUGGGUCUUAGCAUCUUUUGAACCACACUAUUUAAUGACCUCAUCCCAAACGCCACCGUGUCCACCCCUCUGAUGUGGCAUCACUCCCAGAGAUGAAAACAGCCCUUGCUUCUCUCACAAAGGACCCAUGCGUCUAUUUGACCAAAUCCCUUUACAAAGCUGACCCUUAAGAAAGUCACACUGUUCCUAAGAGCACUACAGACGCAACCCACUGUCCCGUCCCCAGCCGAGAGCAAUGCUGAAUGCGGGCAUCUGUGUCCUGGAGAGCGAUGGGGCGCUCCUGUGGGGGGGGGGCAACAAAGAGCAGCACACUUGAGUCCUGCCACUCGGGUGAUGGCUUCAGCUGCAGGGAAGGAAGUGGACUGGGGAGGUUUCCAGUUACAAGAAGAUAAGGUGCCCCAGUUCCACCCCUCCGUAAGACUGCAUCGGCUGGAUCCCUUGACCAGUGUGAAAUUUAGCAGAGUUUUGAAACUCCAGCCUGGACCUCUGGGGAAGGAUAGGAAUUGCAAAGACAACACUCUCCAUUAUUCUCCCGGAAUCAAAGGAGUGACAGUGCACCUCGAGGGGGACCCAUUCAGCUGAGAUGUGCUGAGAAAAUGCGGAGGCACCAAAGCGAACCCCACAAGGAGCACACUGUUUAAGUUCCAAGCUCCAGCCCUGGUUCUGCACCGAGCUCAGGCAGCUGCUUUCCCCCUGGGCUUCAGAUAAAGCAUCUGCAUCGGGGCUGGCAAAGUGUGGCGCAUGGCCCAAAUGUAUAAAUAAAGCUUUAUUGGGACACAGCCGUGGUUUCUGCACUACAUGAGAUCUCUGGCUGCUUUUGCAUUACCACAGCAGAGGCGAAUAUUUGCAACAGAGCAGAGAGCAAAUGACCCAGAAAGCCUAAAAUAGUUACUGUCUGGUCAUUUACCAGGAAAUUUACCAACCUCGGAUCUGUAAUAGGAGGGAACUGGUGAGGCAUGGUGGUGUACGCCUGUAAUCCCAACACUUGGGAGGCUGAGGCAGGAGUAUCACUGAGUU